GUUCGUCGCCAAACGGCAUUUGUUGAAUAACUCACAAUUGAUUAUUUUCAAACUGUUGUACGUAUUGUACGCUGAACACAACGUCGUUAACUCUUGAACGUCGGUGAUUAAUAUAUUUUCUAUUAUGGCAAUUGAAGUCAGCCAGUGCACAUGUUACGAAACGUAUUAAUAUAAGACGUGAAACUUAAAGUUUGUCAUGCGUGCAAUGUAUUAGAAUUAAGUGGUAAUUUAAACGGCUUUACCUUAUGUGCAAAAUAAAGUAUGGAAAACAGACAUCAACAAACAGACAAUUGUCAAGUCAACCUUUCCCCGCGAAAAUCAUUAAGAUUUGAUAUUGGAUCUUCCAAAACCAUCCAGAGUGACGAAACUAAAGAGAAAUGUAAACUAAGAGAAUAUUGCCCCACUUUACCUUCAGCUUCAGAAUUAAAACAAUACUCAGCAGUUGUCAUUUGCGGUCUAUCCCUUUGGACAACAUCAUGGUUCAUUUUUGGCAAAGUUGUACUACCUGGAGGUUACAUUUUCAACCUGACUGCGUUAGUAGUAGCAGGGUACAUAUUCGGCCAUACUUUGGAGAGAUAUACCAAAGUAAAUGCUGUUGUUGGCAUGGUACUCGUUGGAACACUGAGCAAGAUUUUUAUUCCUAUCAAUAUUCUUGGAAAUGAUUCUGCAAAUAUUAUUGACUAUCAUUUAAGGCGAAUUUAUCCAGUAAUUAUUUUAACCAAGGGCCCGUUGACGUGGAACUGGGACUACAUAAAACACAAUUCAGUGAAAGUUUUUUCAUUGGCCACGCUUCCUUGGAUCAUCGAGUGUUUGGCGACGGCCUUCUUUACUUUUAUUUUUCUCGAGUUCCCUUGGUACUGGGGUUUACAUCUCGGGGCGAUAUUAGCAUCGGUGUCACCAGCAAUAGUAGUCCCAACUCUUAUAGCAUUUGACGCCAGAGGCCUUGGAACAAAGAGUAAAAUAGCUUUAUUAGUUGGCAAUGCUGGAGGUCUCGAUACAGCAUUCACUGAAGGAAUGUUUGGAGUAAUCAACAGCGCUAUAUUUUACGAAUCCGCCCCCGAGUACAGGGUAGUGAAGGCUUUUUUAGCUAUAUUCGUCGGCAUCAUUUUGGGCAUAGUAUGGGGCGUGUUGGCAGAUGUUUUGCCCGACCAUGAUGAUGAAUAUGCAGCGACAAUCCGCAGUUUACAUAUUUUCGCAGGAGGGCUCCUGAUCUCAUACGCUUGCGGAUAUUUUGGAUGGGGUGGAACGUCUGGAGUAGCAAUAAUGGUAUGUGCGGCGGCGGCCGCAACUCGUUGGGCCCGCCGCGGUUGGCCCCUAAACAAUAACCCCGUCUCUGAAGUCUAUAAAUUACUGUGGAGGAUAUUUGAAGCAAUGCUUUUCACGCUAAGCGGCUCUUUUUUUGAGAUAUCCGACUUAGAUGCAAGGGAAUUCGGUCUGAUGGUGGUCUGCAUUUUCCUGGCGCUAAUUCUUCGAUUGUUAACUGCAUUUUUGAUAGCUCUAUCAAAUGAAUUGCCAGUGAAAGAGAGUAUAUUCAUAGCAAUUACUUGGAUCCCAAAGGCUAUUGUUGAGGCUGUAUUGGUGCGUGUUGCUGCUGAUUCUUUGUGGAAAGAGGGCACUACAAAUCAUGACAGAAAAAUAGCAACUCAACACUCAAAUAUGAUUAUUAUAGCAAUACUAAUAACGACAACAAUGGGAUCAAUUUUAACAACAGUGAUGGGACCAAUUUUGCUAUCACCAUAUAGUGGGGUUGCUCCUGAAGAACUCGGCAGCCGGCCUAGAUCGCCCUCAACGGAGUCAACGCCUUCGAAGAGAUCUCAACAAAUUUUAGAUUCCUUUCAAUAUAUAGAUAUGCAAUAAAAUGUUAUAAGCAUCAAUAAACAUUUUAAUAAUC